CAGCUGGGACUGCGCUGAGGAGACGAGGCUGGUAUACCCUCGACGACGAAAUUAUAAGCCGGCCGCCGAGGACCUCGAGGGCCAUUGAAUCGUUGGACUUGAUGGUGCCUCGUUCUAUCCCCGUCGGUGCGUGGUUACCCGGUCAUGUGCAUGGUUGAGUUCAGGACGCAUCUGAUCCUGCAGGCGUAUAGCACACUAUCCUGCGUCCCGGAAGGUGUACAGGAUAGAAACUAUGCGGCUUUGCAAGCGUUGCAUCUCUGGCGCUCUCUCACUACAACGGAAUGCCAUCUCGAGGAAGACAGUCACGCAGCAUCGCCAUCCCUUUGUCCUCCCUCGGCAUUUGUUAAGUUGCAUCGAGGUGCCCAUCAGGAGAUCAAUCUACACAUGUUCCAUCUCGAUAUUCGACCAUUCCCAGGGCUGCCGCCCUAUAUAAAUACGUGGCCGAGGCCGUCUGGUCAGUUUUUCCCGUGCUUUCUUGCCCCCAACCCACCACCGCGCUCGCCCGCGACUGUCACUCCUUGAACACUAGAUCGUACAUAUAGAACAAUGGCCGUCCUCGCUCGCAUCGCCACAUCUAUCCUGUUCGUUGCCGCUGCCCUCCCGGCUGUGCUUGCCCACUCCGGAAACGGCAACGCCAGCAACUGUGCCUCGCACGAGUUCUGGUG